AGAAGAUGCAGGUGGCGGAUAUGGAGGCGGGUCGAGUGAGGAAGGAUGCGCGGAACACGGUCGUGGAGGAGAGGGACGUUGAGGGCGAGUGGCUUCGGUACUCACUGGAGUAGGUCCGAUUCUUCUCCCGCUUGGCGUUGUGCGGCCGCUCGACCUCGAACUCCGGAGCCGCGGGGACGGCAAGGUUACCGGGCGCGCGGCGAUUCCGCACAGCCCGAUGUUGUUCUUGAAUGCGAGGGCAGGCGAUCCGAGAGCGGACGGAGACUUGGCAAGUGGGCGUGACUUGGGAUUCGAGGGGCGCAAGCGCGUUGAACGGGGCUCCUGUGCCCGACGCGCGUGCGGAGUGUGCUGAAGGGCGAGCGAGUGGACGGGUGGCAGUGGACGGGUGGCGAGGCGGUGGGCGCGUCGAACGAGAUCGGGGCGCAUUGGGCGGGAACGCGGAACGUGGACGUGGAGAGGACAAGUUCGGGAGCGCGCAACGGAGUCGUGCAGACUCUCCUCUCCUCUCUGCAGAUCUCCCUACACCUCUCCUCGCCGUGUACCGUCCUUGCGCUAGUCGGGGCGUCCUCG